AUGCCUACGUCAGCUUGGACUGAAGGCACUGAAGAACUUCAUGAAGAAUCCUCUGCACAGACAGAACGCUGCUUGGGAGGAGCGCUGUGUCCUUCCCUGGAGUGGAAAGGCAAGAAACGGGAAAGAAGAGCCCAGGCGUGCCAGGCUCUCAUUGCCCCCCGGGAGGUGAGCGGCCGCGUGGGGCAGGCGCUGACCCUGAACUGCUGGUACGGGCCGGGCUACCAGGGCUACAACAAGUACUGGUGCCGCGGGGCCUCGUGGGACUCCUGCCGCAAGGUGGUGGAGACGGCGGGGCGAGAAGUGCCCCGGCAGCGCGGCCGCGUCUCCAUCACCGACAACCACGUCUUCUGCUUCGUCCUGCUCACCCUGGAGGAGCUCUCGGAGGAGGACGCCGGGAGCUACUGGUGCGGGGUGGAGCGGGCGGGCAGGGACAUCAUGAAACCGGUUACCGUCAGGGUUUUGCCAGCUCCCCCCAGGACCACCCCCGAUGCGUCCGUACGAGCUGUGCCUGCAAACCCUGCAACCACCCCCUCGCCCUGGCUCUCCGACGCCACCAUCGAGAUCCUCUCCACAGCCAACAGCACCAACAGCCACUGCCGCGGGCCCCCCCAUGUCAGCCCGGAGUGCCCUGGUGCCCACGGCGGUGCUGCUCUCCCUGCUGGCUGUGGCUGGCUCUGCCGGGCUCGUCUACGCCCUGUGGAGGAGGAGGGAAGACCUCCAGAGACCCCUGGGAGCGGUGAGAUCUAAGCCAAAGGACUGGGUUCAGCCGCACCAUAUGGAUUUUGGGGACACGCUGCCCCUUCGCAAUGAACCCCCCCUGACCCCCUCCAAGCCUGCCUUCGCCGGGGAGCUGGACAGCAUCUACGACAACGAUCUGACCCUGACAAAGGACCCCGGGGACACACCGCCCCCGAGCCAGCAGGACGCCGUGCAGCAGGACACAGAGCUGGAGGAUGAGAACUUCUACACCAACACCUUGUACCACGACAGGAGCAUGGGGAGGCCCAGACACGGCACACAGCAAGGAAAUGAAUUCCUCCGGUCCUAAGGGAGCACCGCGGGUGGGCAGUGGGGUCCCCGGGUGCUCCCCUGCAGAGACACCGGCGCUUUGCUCUGAGCUGGGCAGGGAGCAGGGGGGCUGCAGGAUGGGAAUGAGCUUCACCAGAGGCUGCGGAUCCAUCACGGGAGGAUCUCAGCAGCACCACAGCUUCUGCCCACAGGACAGAGCCCGGGGACACCCCAAUUCCCCACCCCAAGCGCGUCCCCGCUGUCCCAGCCUCCUGCCUCCGGCUGGGCUGCUCCCAGCACAUCCCACAGGGCUGCCGGGUGUGGAGAUGCCCUGGACCACGUCCUCCUUGCCCAGACCCGGUACAAUCCCUAUCAUUAUCUCGUUUCUCCUGCUCUUACUCAGCCUGAAGCUGCCCGUGGUGCUGGUCCUGGUGUGCACGGCCGUGUGGGUGAGGAACCUGUGCAGGAGAUGCAGCCCCCGGGGAAACCUGCAGCUGCCCGGGGCAUCGGGCAGCCUGCACGCCCCGACGGUCCCCGAGCAUCCCCCUGCCCCCUGCCCCCUGCCCCACACCCUGUGGGGCUGAGCCACCCGCCCCACAGCGGGAGCUGCUCGGCACCAGGCACCUCUCCCAAUGCAAAGCCCAAAGCGCUGCCGGCACCCCCAGGGCUGCAGCGGGGAGGGUUUGGGGUGCAGAGAGCCCGUGUCUGCUGAGCAAAUGCACUUUGCAAUAAAGCUUGGUAU